GCGGGCGGUGCCGCGGAAGUGCCGGGGGCGGUGGGAGGCGCUGAGCUGAGCCGCGAUGUCGGGUCCGCAGCCGCCGCCCGUGGUGUCGCCCGCCUGUCCCGACCUGCUGCAGCACGUGGAGGGCUCGUCGCCGCCGCCCUCGCCAUCCACUUUCUUCCGCAGCUUCUUCGAGGAGGAAUGCCGCGCCAUCAUCUCCCGCCUGUUCCGGGACUCGGCGGCGGAGCCCGCGCCGCACCGGGACCGGGACAGCCUACCGCGGCCCGCCGCCGCGCCGCCCGCCACCUCCACGCCGCUGUGGGACCCGCCCGCCGCGGAGCCGCGGCGCCUCCGCCCGCCCGGUACCGGCGCCCUCCCGGCCCGUAAGGCAGCGCGGGGCCGAGCUGCGCCGGGCCCGGGCCGCUCCCGGACCCCCCGCCGGACCCCGGGCCGCGGCAGGGCCGCCCGGGCGGGUGCGAAGCUCCCCGAGGGCGGGAGGGGGCUCGGUGCCCCGGGAACGGAGCUGCCGCAGCCCCGAGGUUCCAAGCUGAAGGCAAUGCCAGGUACCAAGUCCAGGAUUCAGCAGCUGGCGCAGCGUUCCACCAUUCCCAAACCCAAGGCCCGGGACACGCAGAUGGAAUGUAAUUCUGCAGCCGCAGCUGCUGCCAAGGCUGGGGGUCACAGGCAGCCCUCCCAGAGGCUCUCUACAGCGAUUCCUACCAUGGCUUCUCACUCUCGACUGCGGCUGCUGGGAAAAGUGUCUUCCCCCAAGCGUUUUUGUUUUGGCAAGGCUGACCAGACGUGGGAGUUAGGGGUGUCCUCUUUUUCCAGCAAGUUGGCCCCUGGGGAUGCAGUCCCUGCUGAGGAGUCUGCAGGUGAUCAGCUGUCCGGGGAGCUGAAGUGUCAAAAGAAGGAGCCGGAGUGUGCAAAGAACGAGUGGGAGCAAGUAAGAAACAAGAUGGAGCAAGUAACAAACGAGCUGGAGCGUGCAAAGAAGGAGUGGGAGCAAGUAACAAACAAGAUGGAGCAAGUAACAAAGGAGCUGGAGCAAGUAACAAAUGAGCUGGAGCGUGUAAAGAGCGAGUCAGAGAGUGCAAAGAACGAGCUGAAGUAUGUAAAGAAUGAGCUGGAGCAAGUGAAGACUGAGCUAGCUGACAAGACUGCCCAGUGUGAAGCCUAUCACCGGACGAUCUUGCAGGCUCAGCUUAGAGCAACAGGAAUCUGUCCAGAAGAUGGAGCAGUGGAGAAGGGUGGUGACUUGGGGACAGACUUAAAACAGCCACUUGUCCAGAUGCCUGAGCCACUGGGCCGGUGAGCAUUCUGGUGCUAAAGGGGCGUUGCUGGGCCACGGUUCGUUCAUCUGCGAGAGCUGAGAGCGGGAAGAGAACCUGCGUCACUGCCUGCGCUCACAGGAUUCUGCACAGCUGUUUCCAC